AGUUGGGUGAGCAAUUCAUUCAUGUACAAUCUUUUACAAAGUUUAAACCUAGGUAACAAGGUGUUUGUGUUGUAGUUUAAUUAAUUAAUUAUACGCAGUUCAAUUUUGAAUGAAGCCAUGACAGUUUACGGAUCAAUAGCGUGAAAAAGGAGGAAAUGAAAUUGCAGCCACCGUACACCAAAAUCUACACGCGCCACCUUUCAAACAUCUCCAUAUAAAUAUAUGUAACUUCAAAUCAGAAAUUACCAACACAAUGCAGUGUUCAAAACUACUGAAGGGAACAUACAUUUCUCUUCUCAAAAGCUGCAAAUCCAUGUCCCAAUUGAAGCAAAUUCAGGCCCACAUAUUCUGUUUUGGCCUUCAACAAGACAGAGACAUCCUCAACAAGCUCAUGGCCUUUUCCAUGGACUCAUCCCUAGGGGAUUUUAACUAUGCAAACAGAAUCUUCAACCACAUUCAUCACCCCUCCUUGUUUAUCUACAACCUCAUGAUCAAGGCCUUUGUGAAAAGGGGUAGUUUAAGGAGUGCCAUUUCUCUUUUUCAGCAGCUGAGGGAACGUGGGGUGUGGCCCGAUAACUACACCUACCCUUAUGUUUUGAAGGGUAUUGGUUGCAUUGGGGAGGUUAGGGAAGGGGAAAAGAUUCAUGCUUUUGUGGUUAAGACUGGCCUUGAGUUUGACCCUUAUGUGUGUAACUCCUUGAUGAAUAUGUAUGCUGAGUUGGGCCUGGUUGAGGGGUUCACACAGGUGUUUGAGGAAAUGCCUGAGAGGGAUGCGGUUUCUUGGAACAUCAUGAUUUCGGGUUAUGUCAGAUGCAAGAGGUUUGAGGAGGCUGUUGAUGUUUACCGGCGGAUGCAGAUGGAGAGCAAUGAGAAGCCCAAUGAAGCCACGGUUGUGAGCACUCUGUCGGCUUGUGCGGUAUUGAGAAAUUUGGAGCUUGGCAAGGAAAUCCAUGAUUACAUUGCAAAUGAACUGGACCUUACUCCUAUAAUGGGGAAUGCUUUGUUGGACAUGUAUUGUAAGUGUGGGUGUGUGAGCGUGGCCAGGGAGAUUUUCGAUGCAAUGAUCGUGAAGAAUGUGAAUUGUUGGACCAGUAUGGUAACUGGGUAUGUGAUCUGUGGUCAGUUGGAUCAAGCUCGGUAUUUGUUUGAGAGGAGUCCAAGUAGGGAUGUUGUUCUUUGGACAGCUAUGAUUAAUGGGUAUGUGCAGUUUAAUCAUUUUGAAGAUGCAAUCGCAUUAUUUGGGGAGAUGCAGAUCAGAGGUGUGGAACCAGAUAAGUUCAUUGUGGUUACUCUCCUUACAGGUUGUGCUCAAUUGGGAGCUCUGGAGCAGGGCAAGUGGAUUCAUAAUUACAUAGAUGAAAACAGAAUUAAGAUGGAUGCUGUGGUUAGUACUGCCCUUAUUGAAAUGUAUGCUAAAUGUGGUUGCAUAGAGAAAUCUUUGGAAAUUUUUAAUGGAUUGAAGGAUAUGGACACGACCUCAUGGACUUCAAUUAUUUGUGGGCUGGCCAUGAAUGGUAAAACAAGUGAAGCACUUGAGUUGUUUGAAGCAAUGCAAACAUGCGGAUUAAAACCUGAUGAUAUUACUUUUGUUGCUGUUUUAAGUGCUUGUGGUCAUGCAGGAUUGGUCGAAGAGGGCCGCAAGUUAUUUCAUUCCAUGUCAAGUAUAUAUCACAUUGAGCCAAAUUUAGAGCACUACGGGUGUUUCAUUGACCUUCUUGGUCGAGCCGGACUUUUACAAGAGGCAGAGGAGUUGGUGAAGAAGUUACCAGAUCAAAACAACGAAAUAAUAGUUCCACUUUAUGGAGCUUUGCUAAGCGCCUGCCGAACUUAUGGCAAUAUUGAUAUGGGUGAAAGGCUUGCUACAGCCCUAGCAAAAGUUAAAUCCAGCGAUUCAAGUCUUCAUACACUUCUUGCUAGCAUUUAUGCUUCUGCUGACAGAUGGGAAGAUGUGAGAAAGGUGAGAAGUAAGAUGAAAGAUCUAGGAAUCAAAAAGGUGCCAGGAUAUAGUGCCAUUGAGGUGGAUGGCUAGUGGCAAGAGGUUAGGUGAGGGCCCUUUCCCUUUUCCGGAGAAAAAUUGGUCUUGGUACGGGGGAUAGGUAAUCCACAAUUGAUUUUUAAUUUGAAUCAUGAAUUUUUAACUUGUAAAUGCAAUAUGGCAGUUUCACAAUUCAAAUGUUUUGUUUAGACCAUGCAACUAUUCAAUUCCAUAAACUUUGCCUACAAUCCCUGAAUACUCAAAGUUCCAUGUUUAUGGACUAUGGAGGAAAAUGAAUGAGGCUACUAACUAUUGGGGUGAAUGGAGAACUCAAAUAAUGCCUGCUAUCUUACUACUAAGAAUCUGAUAUUGUAGGUGAAAGUGCCAGAUUUGAACAUAGGCUCCUAUUGUUUUAUACUUCACUCUUCUUGCCUGGAGUAAGCUUAUCUCCAAAUGUUAGCUUGUGUACUCGGCAAAUACCAUCCUCAGUUCCACUUUGGCAUUAUAACACAGACCCCAGUGUCUUCUUAAACAGGGUUUAUGCUGAAGAUGAAACAUGCGAAAGUUCACCUUUGACAUCAAUAAAUGAGGUACCUUCCAUAAAUUGAUACAGAUUCUCAGGAUGAUGAAGCAGAGUGACGUUGAACCUCAACAAGAAAAUUCUGCAUCAGAACUUGAGAAGGUUUUCCUUGCUUCUGAUAAAGCAAACCCCCCUCAAUCCAGGAAUGUUGUCCAUGUCUCAUCAUUUAAAUUCAGUUUCCUUCACAAGCAUGUAUGAUACAGAAGUUGGUUAAGCAUGCGUGUGGAGCCUGUGCUUCCCCCUGCUGUUCCUAGAUUUCCUCUAUUUUACAGAACCAACUAUACUUUUCACAUGAAACAUAGCUUUACUAAAGGCCAAACCUAUAUAUCAGGGAAGCCAAUGAUGCCAAUUCAAAUGUGUUCAGAGAGCAUAACUCUUUAUCUGAGGUAGGCAUGGCAGAUAAAAAUAAGGUAGAUGAAAAUUUUGUUGAAAUCAAGGAAAGUUCCACAAAAAAAAUUAUUUCUGAAUCUUAGGUCCGUGAUAGCUGGCAGAUAUUGCCCAGUUUCCUAGUGAAAUCUGUCAAGCAAAAUAUGGAUUCUGUGGAUGAAUCCUAUCUCUCUUUUUGUUUAUCUUCUUGUAGAAAGUAUUGCAAAAUAACGAGAAUAGCAUCAAUCCUCCAGUUUAAGAUUUUUUUGUUGGCAUGAUAUUA